UUCUCGCGCACAUCGAAUCAGCGACGCUGCUCGUGUCACAGCAGCAGCAGCAGCAGCAGUCGAGGACGGCGCGAAUGAUGAUGGCGCCCGCCAAAGCUCUUCUAUAACAGGAAGAACAAAAAGAAACCAAAGAAUCCACCUUCUGCCGACCAUGGAAGGACAUAAUGUUCCUGACCAGGAGCAACUCUUGCAGUUUCUGAGGAGGCUCAAGGAGGUUUUCGACGUGUGCGACGAGGAUGCAGACGGCUUCAUCCGGGUGGAGCACUUGAUGGACCUCGGUCUUCAGUUCGGUCAAGGAGACGAGGUGAAGAAGUUGACCAGGUACCUGGAUCCUAACGCUCACGGGAAGAUCAACUUCAAGGACUUUUGCCACGGAGUGUUCGCCAUCAAAGGUUGUGAGGAGAUCCUGAAGAUGGCUGUGGGUCCUCGCAGCGUUACCUCCAACCAGUCUGUGACGGACAAUGGAUACAUUUACCAGAACGGCGGGGCCAAACUGGGCCCUCCCAUCAUCAUGUGCACGCGCUCCUACCCAGAGAGCGGCGCGUGCGGCGAGGGCGCCACCGACGGGGAGUGUGACAUGGACAGCAGCACCGAAAACGGCAACGGCUCCAACUCGUUGGGUCCAAGGCGGCGAGACGGCCGCCCGAUUGGCUCGUCGUCUGCGUCUGCCAUCUCCGGGGAGGAGCAAUUUGAGGACUACGGCGAAGGGGAGGACGUGGACUUCACUCCCAGCAGUCCUUGCCCCGAAGACGACACUCGAACCAGCGGCUUCUCGGACCUCGGGUCCUCCCUGCCCUCCAGCGCUGGACAGACUCCUCAGAAGAUGCGGCAGCUGUACAACAGCGAUCUGCUGGACAUCUACUGCUCCCAGUGCUGCAAGAAGGUGAACCUGCUCAACGACCUGGAGGCUCGACUCCGAAACCUCAAGGCCAACAGCCCCAACAGGAAGAUUACCAGCACAGCAUUUGGACGGCAGCUGUUCCAGGCCAACCACAGCGUGUUCGGGUCCAGCCAGGGGAGCAGCACCGAGGAUCUGUUCACCGACAGCAUCGACUCGUGUGACCUCGACAUCACAGAGAAAGUCAGUUAUCUGGAGAAGAAGGUGACGGAGCUGGAGAGCGAGAGUCUGGCCAACGGGGACCUGAAGUCCAAACUCAAACAUGAGAACACACAGCUUGUGCACAGGGUGCACGAGCUGGAGGAGCAGGUGAAGGACGCCGAGGCGAGGGCGGACCAGAGUCUAGAGGAGGAGACCAAGAGGCACCGGGAGGCUUUCAACAAGAUGGACAGGGAGCGGAACAUGGAGAUAGACCUGCUCUGUAACAGGGUACAGCUGUUGGAAGAAGAGAAUGGAGAGAUGAAGUUGAGUGUGUGCAGACUCAAGUCGCAGACGGAGAAACUAGACCAGGAGAAGCAGAGGAUGACGGACAAGCUGGAGGACACCGGUCUGAGGCUCAAAGACGAGAUGGACCUCUACCGAAAGAUAAUGGACAAGCUCUGGCAAAACCGCCACGAGUUUCAGAAGGAAAAAGAGGCCAUGCAGGAGUUGAUCGAGGAUCUCCGGCGGGAGCUGGAGUAUCUGCAGCUGUUUAAGCUGGAGAUGGAGCAUCCAGGACAGGGCAAGGGGCUCUCUGACUUGAACGCCAGGACCAGAGAGAUUGAAAUGGAACACGAAGUCAAGAGACUGAAACAGGAGAACCACAAGCUGCGGGAUCAGAACGACGACCUGAACGCUCAAAUUCUCAGUCUGAGCUUGUACGAGGCCAAGAACCUGUUUGCGUGUCACACCAAGGCCCAGUGCCUGGCAGCGGAGAUCGACAACGCCUCUCGGGACGAGCUGGUCGACGCUCUGAAAGAGCAGGAGGAGAUCAACCUGCGUCUAAGGCAGUACAUGGACAAAAUAAUACUGGCCAUCCUCGACCACAACCCCUCCAUCCUGGAGAUCAAGAGUUAAACGGACCCCCCCCCCCCCCUCACACACACACACACACACACGCACACACACACGUUUGCUUGUGUUUCUGAUAUAUUAGCUUGUACCUUAAAGUUAUAAUCCUUUUAUGAUUUUAGCCAAAGACACCGAUCCGAUAAAGCGGCAGCAUGUGCGAGUACACGCCGCACGAUGGUAGCCAUCAGGCAGCAGUGGAACAUGCCCAUUUGCAGUAACGCCAUAUUACAUGCUGUGUGUUUUCCCGUCAAUCACCCGCUCGCGUGAGUGCAAUUUGAAUCCAGCGAGAGAAUGGACCCACGAUAGAGAGAAAUAAAAAAAAAAAUGCUGAAUGUAAAUAGAUGAAAUGGUAAUUGGUGGGAAUUAUCAAACUGGAUUUCAUGGAGGUCUGAGGGAUUACAACUAUGAACUAGAGCCCAGAUUAUGAAUGUCCUAAAUGUUCUCACUGCUUAUAACUGACCACACACACACACACACACGUAUAUGUAUGUAUGUAUUUAUAUAUAUAUAUAUCUACACCACCACAGGAGCAGCAGCAGCAGGUGGUCUUCAUGUCCACUAGACUACGCUUAUUUAUGAUGCAGUCUGUUGAUCACUGUAGAACUGCUGUGCCAUGCAUAGUCUGUCUGCAACGUUUUAUAGUUAGAUAUUUGAAACUACUUAAAUGCAGAGACGUUAAAAUAUUUAGUAACAUGCAAACCCCUACUUUGGUGUCCACUCUGUUGUAGAGGCAGUAUGAACUGGGCCAGGUUUAAGAGUGAGGCCAUAAAACCAUGCGAGUUGUAAAGGGGUUAUGCAUGUGUGCCAAAGCAGUCUGUAAAGUUUUAAAUUCAGAAGGUGUUUUUUUACCAUAUUUCAACCCUCAUUGCAGAUGGUGUGAAUAUCAACUAGUGGAGACUUGAAAUGAUUAGAAAAUUUGAAUUGGACGGCUUGGUAAACAUUUAGGGAAUUGGCCUGGUUUUGCUUUCUUAAAAAUUCUGAAAUACACCUCCAAGUCUCCGUCAUUAAGAGGAUGUGUGUAGUUUGUUUAGUCUGUACACAAAAAUAAAUGUAAAACUAAGUUGUAUUUCUAGAGGGAGUUAUGUUUUGCUUAUGUUGAAAAAACAAACAAAUAAAAGCUGUGUGAAUUUGUCAAAAUGAAGAAGCAUUUGUGUUAACUGGCCACAACAUGCAUGAACUGAGGUGGGUUCUUCUAGUCUAAACACAACUGAUGUCACGCAACGCAAAUAUGCUGUAACCUUUAUCAGAUUGAUUCAAAGUUGCCAGUAAGUCAUUGAGCCUUAUGAGGGACUGUUCAGUGCUGUUUCUGUAGACCAAUAUGCAUGAAGGUAAUCAAAGGUGCUAAGAGACAACAUCAUCUGCCAGUUUUCAUGGACCGAAAUGGUUGAAGGGUGUCGUGCAGAAAAAAAGACCUCUUACUAAUUGCAACAAAAUGAUUACUAUGAUGUGCAUAUAUGAAGCUAGAAUUUGUUUAUUAAAAUUAACCCACAGGCCACCUUUCAUAUACUGCUUACUGCAGCCUCCAUCAUUUCUGUAUUCAUUAGGGUUAUUUCACACCACUAAUAGAAAUACUGUAUGAAUACUGUGUACUUUGCAGUGUUCUCCAGAGAAGAGAAAAGCAUUGUCUACCUACUGAUUUAAAACGGGAAUCUGCCUUCUGUGGGAAUUAGUAAAACCACUUUGUUCUACCUAUGCUGUAAAAUUAGCCUCACUAAAUAAUGUCACCUAAAUGUAGAACUUAAAUCUCAUUUCACACAUUCGUGUUACACCCAGUGUGACCUGGAGCUGUUUGGUAAGCUCUUGAUUUAGAUUUGCUCCAUUGCACAAAUUGUUCAAAUAUGCAUUUUUGUUGUUAUUAAUUUGCUUGUUCUUUCACAGGUUUGCGUGCGUUUUCAUACGAGGUAUGAAACCAGUUCUUAUUUAAGGGGUACAAUUAUGUUCAUUGUUUUUCUUUGUGAUUGUUUUUUUUUUUGUAUAUUGCCAUUUUGACUAAGACCCAGUAUUUGUGUUUCAUACAUUGUAAAUGUUGUACAGAAUGUAGUUACUAUUUACGUCAUUUCGCUUAUUGAGACACACAUAAAGUGUUGUAGAUUAUAUUAUGUCAAGUCAAUCAGAUAUAGCAAGUGUCACAGCCAAAAUAUUAAACUGGAAAGAAAAAAAAAUCAGGAGUUCACAUCUCACUUGUGUUCACUUUGUCCUCUUUGACUUGUGUAUGGCACUAUGGGGUAACCAUGUUGUAGAAAGUAGAUGUGUAAAUAAAUCCAUUGGCUUUGGCAUGA